ACUCUUAAUAUCUUAGUGGACAAUCACAACACAUAAGGCAUUUAAACUUCAAUGCCGAUGGUCUGGUGAAAAUGAAAAGUGGUGUCAAAGAGAAACAAUAAUGGGUCUGGCGGAAAUCGUUUUAGUUGGCUUGUGUUUGAACUCUACUUGUGACAUUGAAGAAGCCCAACCUCUAAGCAAUUAUAGACAACAACAACUUAUUCAGUUAGAACAAGACCUUGCAACAGAAACUCUUUUAAUCACAACUUUACAGAAUGGAGAGCUGAGUGGAUAUGAUAGAAUUAAUGGAUCUUUAGUGGGUACAGGUAUUGCGUUUGAUAUUUUAAACAUCCUUCAAGAGAAGUACGGAUUUAACUAUUCCAUAGUUUUGCCUCAAGAUCAUGUAUUUUUGGGCGACGCUAAGAAAGCAAAUGUAAAAAACCUUUUGGAGAAAGACGUAAGUGAAGACCUUAUGUUUAUAUAUUAA